AACCAAAAACAUAAUAAUAUCUCAGUUACCUUCACAAUACAUCAAUUCUCUUCAAAAUCAGAAGUCACAAUGAAGAACUUACUCGGUAGAAAUGAGGUUGGUGUUUCCAUGAGUUCAGCAGUAUACUCAUUUGAAAGGCAGCCAAAAAGACUACUGUCUCUAUCUGCCUGUCAAGACCAUCUUACAUGUGCAACUUCAAAACACUUACCUAAAAUAAAGCAAAGAAAAUCUGUAAUUAGUAAGAUGAACAAACUUGGAGAAAGGAUGGACUGUCUUGCACAAGGGAUCCGUGAGCAUGUGAGCCUUAGUCCGAAGCUAACGGAAACUGUGAAGGGAAAAUUGAGCCUUGGAGCAAAAAUUCUUCAAGUAGGAGGGUUGGAGAAAAUAUUCAAGCAGAACUUUAGUGUUAACGAUGAUGAAAAGCUGUUGAGUGUUUGUCAAUGCUAUUUAUCAACUACAGCUGGUCCAAUAGCAGGCCUCCUCUUCAUCUCUACCGAAAAAAUUGCUUUCCGCAGUGAGAGAUCAAUAAAGUUCUUAUCUCCAACUGGAAAGUUGCUUAGAAUGUAUUAUAAGGUAUCGAUCCCAAUAAGUAAGACAAUGAAAGCAAAAGAGAGUGAAAAUAGAGAAAAGCCAUCACAGAAGUAUAUACAAGUAAUUACAGAGGAUGAUUUUGAGUUCUGGUUCAUGGGAUUCCUUAAUCAUCAAAAGACUCUGAGAUAUCUGCACCAUGCAAUUUCAAGUACUUCAAGCAGCUAACAAGACAAAACUUUUUUUUUCAUUUUGUUUCCUAAUACGCCCAUUCAUCAAUGAAUGUACAGAUCUCUUCAAACAUGUAACUAGCUCCAUUCCUUCAUUGAUGCUUUAGAGUUUUUAGGCUUUGAGUCAUAGCUGUCAACACAAAUGUAUAAACUUAUUGUAACAUUAAUGCAGUCAGAUUCAUCUUUUGGGA